GAUCUUGGUGCAGUUAAAGGAUCAACUGGUCUUUAUCGAACAGCAAUGAGUCAGUCAGGUUUAGACUCACCUGGAACUUAUUCAUCUUAUUAUAAUAUGACUACUGCUCUCAAUUGCUCUAACUCGAUUGUUCAACGUUUGAAUUGUACCAAUGAAGACAAACAAAAAGUUCUUUCAUGUAUACGUAACUCUUCAAUUGAAAAUUUAUUUCAAAUCUAUAGUGAUCGUUAUACAAGACCAAUCAUUGAUAAUUAUUUCUUUCCAUUGUAUCCACCAUUAGCAAUCCAAAAUGGACAAUACAAUAAUAUUAGUCUUAUUAUGGGUAAUAAUGAUUAUGAUCUAUCGGUAUGUGUUGAUCAUCCUGACAUGAAUUAUACUGAUGCUAUUGAAUUAAUAAGUCAAUCUGUAGAGCAUAAAUGGAUACCGGCAAUAGUUGAUUAUUAUCAUUUAAAGAAUUGUUCAGCAAAUCGAACGACUAAUAACACUCGUUGUUGUAAUAUUGUCCUUUCCAUAGCAAUAGAUAAAUUUUUUGAUUGUGAUAUUCGUCGAUUAUUCAAUGCUUUUUACUUAAAAUAUGGUCCACAAUACGAACAAAAUAAAUUAUUUUCAUAUCAUUUAAAUUGUUAUCCUCAAUGUCCUAUUGUACCAGAAAUGGGUAUAUGUAGACAUUCAGCAGAACUUCCAUUUGUAUUCGGAACUAUUAGUGAUUUUUAUUCACAAGAAUUGUUCAAUUGUACUUGGGAUAAUUCAACACGAGUAUUUUCUAAUGAAAUAAUUUCACAUUGGAUUAAUAUAGCAACAACAGGAAGACCAUUAAAUCAAUGGCCAAUUUAUGAUCCAUCUUCACCUAGACAUUUCCAUAUCACACCUGAUCGGGGCUUUGUAGCUGAAAUAUGGAAUAGAAAUUGUUCGUUUUAUGAUGAAAUGGAAGCAGAAGGAGUUGGAAAAAUAUUUGGAAAUAAUCAUUACAUUAUCAAAGAACUACCUAAAUAG